CAAACUGAGGGUGGAACCAAACACCUCCACCAGGGCUUGUCCGGGAUUUCAAAGGCACUAAAACAGCAGCAGUGGCGAGGUCACGUUGAAGACAGGCCUGUUCCUGCGCUACUUCCCUCGCCUGCUGUCUCGCCGGCGGAAGAAUGUUCCGGCGGAAGAAGAAACGGAGGCCAGUGAUCUCUGCGCCGCAGGACUUCGAGCAUCGGGUCCACACGUCGUUCGACGCAGCGCACGGGUGCUUCGUGGGCCUGCCGCCCCAGUGGCAGAGCGUCAUUGACACCCUGAGGAGGCCCAAACCCAUGGUGGACCCAUCACGGAUCACCCACGUGGAGCUUAAACCAAAGAAGGCCAUCUGUAGGGGCAGUUUCGUUGGACACGGAGACUACAUCUCCCACGUAAUCACAGAGAUGACCCGUGUUUCCGUCAUCAGUUCCAACUCGCUCCGGAAGACCAGUCCGUCUGCGCGGCAAAGGGCCCGCUCCAUGGGCCGCCUGGGCGAGCUCCUCGAGGGGGACACGUAUCAGUACGAGGAGCUGGGCCGGGAGAAGCGUCAGAAUGGCGGGAGCACCUACUGGCAGGAGCGGGUACAGCAGAUCCAUAGCGAAAGUGGCAGCCCCAGGCCGACCCCGACCAAGGGCUCCACCCUCCUGCCCAACGGGCACAUGGCUCGCGCUAAAUCGACGUAUGAGAUAAGCACUACGGACCGGGGUAAACCUGUACCAUCGCCAAGGGAGCCACUCCCCACGACCCCUUUGAUGGGAGGUCAUUACGCACAUAGCGAAGGGGCCGGACUCACGCACAGACCGGAACAGGAGAUGCCGCCGAAGGGCACGAUGGCCAGUCAGAGGCCGGCGUCCUGCUACAACCUGCAGUCUCUUCAGACACAGCAGCAGGUCAACAUGAGGGCCAAGCCCAGGGUCAGUCACCUGCCGGACCUUCUGUCCUCCUCCAGGAACGCUUCUCCCCUGAGACCUCACUCGUCCUAUGACCUGAAGGUGAAUUCAUUAGGGCCAUCACCAGUGUUCUCACCUAAUGGCACCAGCAGCCCAGUCACGGGCCGAGGCAGAACCCAGAAACCCUUGCGCUCCUCCUCCAGUACCUACACCAUUGGCUUUUCUCCUGUAGUUCAGGGUGCGACCAAGCCCUUCAUCCAAAAACAGGACAGCCCGUCCCAGCCUCGGCCUUCGCCCACGGGCUCCCUGGCCACCAGCUCACCAGGAACCGGGGAGCCCUCCAGACCGGCCCAGCUGCCCAAACCCAAACCCAGUGCCGGGCCUGAGCCCGAACCGGCCAAGGUGACCCACGAGCAGUUCAAGACGGCCCUGCAGAUGGUGGUGGACAAGGGGGACCCGCGCACUUCCCUGGAGAACUUUGUGAAAAUCGGGGAGGGCUCUACGGGGGUGGUGUGCAUUGCCCGGGAGAAACACAGCGGGCGGCAGGUGGCAGUGAAGAUGAUGGACCUCCGCAAGCAGCAGCGCAGGGAGCUGCUCUUCAAUGAGGUGGUGAUCAUGAGGGACUAUCGCCACAGCAACGUGGUGGAGAUGUUCAGGAGUGCCCUGGUGGAGGAGGAGUUGUGGGUUAUCAUGGAAUACCUGCAGGGCGGCGAUCUAACCCACGUUGUCUCGGAAACCAGGCUGAAUGAGGAGCAGAUUGCCACCGUGUGCGAGGCUGUGCUACAAGCUCUGGCAUACCUCCACUCCCAGGGAGUUAUCCACAGAGACAUCAAGAGUGACUCAAUACUGCUCACGCUGGAUGGGAGGAUUAAGUUGUCAGACUUUGGAUUCUGUGCUCAGAUCAGCAAAGACAUCCCAAAGAGGAAGUCUUUGGUUGGAACGCCGUACUGGAUGGCUCCAGAGGUCGUGUCAAAGACACCGUACGGAACUGAGGUGGACGUGUGGUCUCUGGGCAUCAUGGUGGUAGAGAUGGUGGACGGGGAGCCUCCGUACUUCAGUGACACGCCAGUGGCAGCUAUGAAGAGGCUGAGGGAUGAGCCGCCGCCCACGGUCAAGAACCUACGGAAGAUAUCCCCUGUACUGAAAGACUUUCUGGGUCGUAUGCUGACCCGGAACCCCGAGGAACGAGCCAGUGCUAGUGACCUGUUGGAGCACCCCUUCCUCCUGCAAUGUGGCUCGCCACAGUGCCUGGUGCCCCUAGUGGAAAAGUACCGCAAGCGCAUGUCCCGCUGCUGACCCAACCAGG